AUGGCCUUAAUCGAUUAUCAGGCGCACAAUUUCACCUGCUACACGGUACCUGAAUGUUCGAACGAUGAUGAAAACGAGUGUCAGCAACAGGCUGCUGACAAUGAUGCAGGCGACGAGGAGGAGGAGGAUGAAGAAACCGAAUCGGAAGAACGUCGUCGACAACAUCGAAGCCCGCUUUAUGGUAGUCGUUAUUCUGUUGCCUCCACCGAAACUACAACCUCCUCCAUUGACAAUAAUAUACUCAGGAAACAUCAUCCGAAUCGUGUUAAUAAAUAUCAUCAUAAGAAACUUUUUAAUCCAUUUGUGGGUGGCGUCGGUGGGCAUCAAAGAACUUCAAUGCCGAUAUUAUUUAAUGGAGCCGCACCACAAUUCGGUUCAUUUCAUUAUAUGAAUAUGUUGGAAACAACGACGGAUCAGGUGCCGACUUCACCCCAAUUGGGUUAUUUUGUACCCUUUGCGGGUAACUGUUAUUUAAGUCCACCUGUGGGUCGGAAGAAAAUGAGUUCCAGAGACAAAGAAAAUGAACGCAAUCGUCGUGCCGUCAGCUAUGGCGGUGUUACAAAUGCCUCAUCGAUGACCACACUGCCGCGGGCCGCCCCACGCCGCAUGAAUCUAAUGAAGGAGCCUCCACCACCGCCACCACCCAAACCAAUUCUGCUGCAACAACAAACCUCGGUGCAAUCUGCAUCGACAGUAACCACGACCUCAACCCUGUCCAUACCUAGUAAAUAUCCACAAUCUGAAUAUAAUUUGAUACAGAAAAUCGAUUCAACCUCAACAUUGACUGCUCCGGCUCAAUAUCAGGCACAGAAUUACUAUGCCAAUACGGCGACAAUUAGCGGUGGUGGCGGAGGCAGUAGUAAUUAUUCCUCACUGCUGUGUCAUUCCAGUUCGACCACAAGCCCCUUGGCUGUGCGUAAGCGUGAGAAAUUAUUGCAUCGUUUCAGUGAUGCUGCCACGCUGGGACGCAAAUUGAAAAAGAAGAAGAACAUUAACCGCACUUGUCGUUCAAUGACUGAAGCCAUAGAGAUGCUAGCCGAUCCUGUCAUCGAAGAUGAAUUUUUUGGUGAUCGUACAACAUGGGAAUAUCACACAGUUUCGGUAACUCGUGUGCCGGGCUAUGGUUUUGGUAUUGCCGUUUCCGGUGGUCGUGAUAAUCCACAUUUUGCUAACGGUGAUCCUUCAAUUGCCGUAUCAGAUGUUUUGAAAGGCGGACCCGCUGAGGAUCGUUUACAAGUCAAUGAUCGCAUUAUUUCCGUCAAUGGUGUAUCACUUGAGAACGUUGAAUACGCCACAGCUGUACAAGUUUUACGUGACAGUGGCAAUACCGUAACAUUAGUGGUGAAACGUCGUGUACCACUAAAUACAGUAGUAGCAAAUCAACAGCAGCAACAACAAAUGCAGCACCAACAACAACACAACAUGAAUGGCUUAAAUUCUAUGCCACAGACGAAUGGUAUCAAUUCGAUGGUGGUGCCGCCCAAUCCUACCACAGCCAUGAGUCAACCAAAUUCAUUAAAUUCAUCUCUAAUUCAAGCCAAUGGUCCCGGCAUGGGCCAACCCAUUAAAGUGACCCUAACAAAAAAUAGUAAAAAAGAAGAUUUUGGUAUUGUCCUCGGCUGUCGUCUCUUCGUUAAAGAGAUCUCUUCAAAAGCUCGUGAUCAAUUGGCAGCCAAUGGUUAUUCCCUGCAAGAGGGUGAUAUUAUCACCCGCAUCCACAAUACCAAUUGUGCCGAUACGAUGAGUCUGAAAGAAGCCAAAAAGAUCAUUGAUGGCUGUAAGGAACGUUUAAAUUUGGUAGCUUUACGUGAUAUAACCAAUCAGCCACCGAUUACCGUCGUCAAUCAAUUGAAUAAUUCCAGUGCAGCAGCCGCAGCAGCUCAGGCCAACAUUUAUGGUACGCAUCAACCUCAGCUAUCGAAUUGUAGCAAUAAUUUAGAUGAUCCCUAUUUGAAUGGUGGUGCCACAUAUUCGUCUCAGAAUCUUUAUGUGCAACCACCCACAAGGACCUCGAAUAAUGGUCCCAUGAAUGGUGGCUUGAAUGAUGAGAAGAGUAAUUUAACGCCACGUGGUAGAUCAAGGGGUCCCAUAAUGGAGGGUGUUUCCCUACAGCAGCUGGAUAGACCUGUGACACCCACAAAUGGUGGUGGUCGUUCACGUAUUGAUGAACCACCUAGGCCACCACCACCAAGAGCUGGCGGCGGAGGAGGAGGUGCUGGCGCAUCAGGUGCUGUUAAUGGCGGAGAAGAUUUCUACAGCUCAAGACGCCAAUUGUAUGAAGAUGAUCCCUUGACCAGAUCUCGACAGUCAUCCGAGCCACGUUUUAUAUCAUUCCAAAAGGAGGGUAGUGUUGGAAUACGCCUUACCGGCGGCAAUGAGGCUGGCAUUUUUGUUACAGCCGUCCAGCCAGGCUCACCAGCUUCUCUGCAAGGUCUAACGCCCGGCGAUAAAAUCCUCAAAGUCAAUGAUAUGGAUAUGUUGGGUGUUACCCGUGAAGAAGCUGUACUCUUCCUACUCUCACUGCAGGAUCGUAUCGAUUUGAUUGUCCAAUACUGCAAGGAGGAAUACGACGAGGUGGUGAAUAAUCAGCGUGGUGAUUCGUUCCACAUUAAAACACAUUUCCAUUGCGAUAAUCCUUCUAAAGGUGAAAUGGCUUUUAAAGCUGGUGAUGUCUUCCGUGUAAUUGAUACGUUGCAUAAUGGUGUGGUCGGUUCGUGGCAAGUGUUGAAAAUUGGCCGAGGGCAUCAGGAAAUGCAACGUGGUGUUAUACCGAAUAAAUCGCGUGCCGAGGAAUUGGCAACGGCACAAUUUAAUGCGACCAAGAAGGAGAUGAAUGCCAGCGAAUCGAGGGGUAAUUUCUUCCGGCGAAGGAGAUCCACCCAUCGCCGUUCCAAGAGUUUGUCACGUGAAAACUGGGAUGAUGUUGUCUUCUCCGAUAGCAUUUCCAAAUUCCCAGCCUAUGAACGUGUUGUUCUACGCCACCCUGGUUUUGUACGACCCGUUGUCAUAUUCGGUCCCAUCGCCGAUUUGGCUCGUGAAAAGCUAGCUAAAGAUUAUCCCGAUAAAUUCUGUACCCCACUGCAGGAUGAUGAUAAGACAACAAAUUCAAAAUGUCGCAUUGUACGUCUAUCGAAUAUACGUGAUGUUAUGGAUCGAGGAAAACAUGCCCUACUCGAUAUAACACCCAAUGCUGUGGAUCGUCUCAACUAUGCCCAAUUCUAUCCGAUUGUUAUAUUCCAAAAGACCGAUAGUAAACAUGUUAUCAAACAGCUACGUCAAGGUAUGCCCAAAUCGGCACAUAAAAGUUCAAAGAAAUUAUUGGAACAAUGCCAGAAAUUGGAACGGGUGUGGUCACAUAUCUUUAGUACACACAUUGUUCUCAACGAUGAGGAAAGUUGGUAUCGUAAAUUACGUGAUGCCAUUGAUCUGCAACAGAGCGGUGCUGUCUGGAUGUCAGAAACUAAGAUACCCGAUCCUCAAAUCGAAAUGAUAUUCCCUCCCUAUAUAGCACAACCAUGUAAAUUACCCUGUUGUCGACCCAUGUCGUCAUCGGUGCCACGUUAUAGUAAUGCAUCUGGCCUAAGUGUUGCUAAUAAUAGUUCUGCUGCUAGUCCCGCUGUCGUCAAUAAUAAGUCGGCAUCAUCUGUUAAGCGACAUAAUUCAUUUACGCUAGCCACAACCACAAGACAUGACUUUAAUCGAAAUCGCCAUGCGCAACAGCAUUCAGACUAUCAUGACGAAGACGAUGACGAUGAUUGUAAUGACUUGAUACCACCUAGGCCUCCGGAUGCCUUGACAACUAUGAACAAUGAAUUACCUAAACAGCAGCGUAUUACAUCAUAUGAAAUGUUACCCGCACCACCCCAAAUUAUCAAACCAUCCUCCUCAAUGCCAAAUGGUUUACCAAAUUCAAAUUAUGCGUUUCAAGAUGAUCCGAUAAAUGGUAGCGAUGAGGGCCUCCUCACCGAAGGUGGUGGUGGUUUGGGUGACUCACAAUAUCGUGGUUCUCAAACGGAAAUUAUAAUGCCUCAACGACCAUAUCGCAGUCAUUCGCGUAGUACCUCAAAAUCGUAUAAUGUAUCCAAUUCAAAUUUAACCACCUCGACCACAUUGGCUUCAUCCACACUUUCGAAUCUCUCCAAUAAUUCGGCAAUGCAAAAUAGGUCAGGAGGUUAUGGUUUGAAUUCAUAUGGUAGUAAUAGUAAUAAUGGCGGCGGCGGUGGUCAUCAAGGUUUACGUUACACGAACACGAACAACAACAAUAAUAGUCGUCAACAAAAUCUAGAGCCACGUACCACCCCCUAUUACUAUCAUGAAUUAAUGCAAAAAUCGGCAGUUUUUGAUUCCGAUUUAAAUUUAUUAAAUGCCGACAACUCACCACCCAUCACAACAUCGACAACCGAGGCCAAUGAUUUUGAUGGUGGUGGUGGACAAAAUCAUUCAACAUCAAACAUUCGCGGUCAGUUGUCAAUGAUGGGUGGCGGUGGCGGCUCCUCCUCCAAUGAACAAAAUCUAGCCUCCCUUAAUGGUAGUCUGGAUAAUGUUCUCAAGGCAACUCGUAAAAAUUUAGAUGAUCUAAUACUAAGUAGUAAUUCAUUGUUCAAUAGUAAUUCGUCGUCGGCACAUCAUUCGUCAAAUGAUUUACUUAACAACAACACGAACGGGAAUAGCAGUAGUGCCAAUACCUUGGUUGAUGAUGAACAGCAUCAUCACCAGCAGCAUCAUAGUUUAGGCUAUAUACCACCUCAUACGAAUAGUGGCCAUUAUAAUAGCAAUGCCAUCUCGUCAUCGACUUCGUCAUUACAUUUGUCUGCGGCCACGGCAAAACGCAAUAGCAGCCACCAGCAUCAUUCUUUACAUGCCAGUAAUUCAAACAUUUACAAUAGCAACAAAAGCAACAACAACCACAACAACAAUAAUAAUAGUCAUCAUCCUAAUUAUCCGAAUGAAAAAUAUGUUGCAUGA